AUGGUGAGGAUCAUUCCCAUGGCGUCCUCUAUCCGACCUUCCAUCGGCUGCUUCUCCGCUUCUCCUCGCUUCCCCGUUUCUCCGAAUCUCUCUCGCACCUUUUCUUACUCACAUGUUCCUCAAUCACAGCUUUUCGGUACUAUAAACGCUCAUAAGCUUUUGAGAAGAAGUGUAAACUGUUUAGGAGUAGCUGAAUCUGGAAAUGCUGCUCAAGCAAGCACAGCUACUACUCAAGACGAUCUUCUCCAAUGGGUCAAAAAUGACAAUAGAAGAAUGCUUCAUGUUGUUUAUCGUGUUGGCGAUUUGGACCGGACAAUAAAGUUCUAUACCGAAUGUCUUGGAAUGAAGCUUUUACGCAAGCGUGAUAUACCAGAAGAAAAAUAUACAAAUGCUUUCCUUGGUUAUGGACCUGAAGAUUCGCACUUUGUGAUUGAGCUCACUUAUAAUUAUGGAGUUGACAAGUAUGACAUCGGGGCUGGUUUUGGCCACUUUGGUAUUGCUGUUGACGAUGUGGGGAAAAUUGUAGAGCUUAUAAAAGCCAAAGGUGGAAAAGUCACCCGGGAGCCUGGUCCUGUCAAAGGUGGCAAAACUGUAAUCGCAUUCAUUGAAGAUCCUGAUGGUUACAAAUUUGAACUCUUGGAAAGAGGUGCUACACCAGAACCUCUUUGCCAAGUUAUGCUCCGUGUUGGCGAUCUUGAUAGGUCCAUAAAAUUCUAUGAGAAGGCUUUUGGAAUGGAACUUUUGCGCACAAGAGACAACCCAGAGUACAAGUACAAAAUAGCCAUGAUGGGAUAUGGUCCAGAAGAUAAAACUGCUGUCCUAGAGCUGACAUAUAACUAUGGUGUUACUGAAUAUGAUAAAGGAAAUGCUUAUGCUCAGAUUGCAAUAGGGACAGAUGAUGUGUACAAAACUGCAGAGGCCGUAAAACUCUUUGGGGGAAAAAUCACAAGGGAACCUGGUCCCUUACCAGGUAUAAGCACGAAGAUCACCGCGUGUUUGGAUCCUGAUGGUUGGAAGUCGGUAUUUGUGGACAACAUCGACUUUCUCAAAGAGCUCGAGUGA